AUGGCACGUCUGGUCCUCCAUGUCUUCAUCCUUCUUUGCUUCUCCAUGCUCCAGCUCAGCUCCGGCCGUCCAUCUCGCACGAGGAAGGCUGUGUCACCUCGAGGUAAAGGUACACACACAUUACGUUACAUUACACAGUGGAUUAACAAUCUUUCGGCUCUGCUUUUGUGUCAUUUGACCUGUUCUCUUGCCCUCUUCAUCUGUAUGCGGUUGCAGAGGAAGAUGAUGUGAAGUCCCAGCUUGAGAAGUUGUGGCAGGAGGUGAAUUCGCUGAAAGAGAUGCAGGCAUUACAGACAGGUACCACAUUAAAAUUUAAAGAUAACAUUAGAUUUAUGAAGGAAUUUUGUUUUUUCUGUCACAUACAAGUAAAUGAAAAAACCUGAAAAGGAAGUUAACUGAUUCAUACAGUUGUUGAGAUGCCUGAGUGGUACUAUCUUUGUGUGAUGGCGCUUACUCUGAGUGAGUUGUCAGAUUAUAAUCCAAUUUUAACAUUUUAGUGUACUGACUCGCCAGCAGAGGGCAGCAGCACUCUGUUAGUAUCAAAGUUGUAAGGGAAUGUAAAAAUGUCAGCAUCUUUUUAUCCUUUAAGCAUCCCUUUGGUGAAGCUAAAAGAUAAAGCAAAGGUGGACAGUCAGAUAAUGAAGUAUAAAUAUCUAUUUGCCUUGUUUAUGUACAUUAUUGUUAUUUUCCAGUCAACAUUAGAAAAGCGUCACCCUUUUUAAUGCCAUAUUCUAACACUCAUGAAGUAGUGCUUUUUCCUUUCAGUCUGUCUCCGUGGAAUCAAAGCUCACAGGAAGUGUUAUCUGACAAUUGAAGAGCCCAAACAUUAUCAUGAAGCAAAUGAAGACUGCAUCGCACAAGGAGGGACUCUUGCAACACCCCGAGAUAUGAUGGAGAACAAUGACCUGAGAGACUAUGCAAAGAGGAGCGCUCCUGGAUCCAAGGACUUCUGGAUCGGUGUGGCUGACAUAGUGAAAGAGGGCCAGUAUGUUGAUGUCAACAGCAUACCAGUCAGCUACUUCAACUGGGACCGCUCUAAGAAGCAGCCCACAGGAACCAAGAGAGAAAGCUGUGUGGCUAUGUCAGUGGGGGCGCAAGGAAAGUGGUACGAUGAGGUGUGUCGCAGCCUCAAAAAGUACAUCUGCGAAUAUGUCAUUCCCUGA